UGUCUGCUGUAAGAGAGUGCAAUCAGAGCUGUUCUUUUUAAAAAGGCUGUUCCCAGCUUCCAGAAACAACGUCCUUUUAGUGCUAAAAAGUUCUCUAACUGGAUUUGAGACUGUGGAGGCUGACACGUCAGAGGAACAGCACAAAGCUGAAGGACUUUUACAAGAGAAUCAACUCUGAAACCAUGUGGGUGAAAAGCCUGCUGGCCCUGUGCCUGUUAGCCAGUGUUAGAGCAGACAAAGCUCUCAGCAGCCAUGCCACCAUCCUAGUGGACAGCAGCACCAACCUGGCCUUCGACCUGUACCACAACAUGGCCAAGGAGAAAGAUAUGGAGAACAUCCUGAUCUCCCCAGUGGUGGUGGCCUCCUCCCUGGGCGUGGUCGCUCUCGGAGGAAAGUCCAACACUGCCACUCAGGUGAAGACGGUGCUCAGCGGCAAUAAAGUGAAGGACGAGAACCUCCACUCCAGCCUGGCUGAGAUCCUGACCGAGGUCAGCAACUCCACCGCACGCAACGUCACCUGGAAGAUCAGCAACCGCCUGUACGGGCCCAGCUCGGUCAACUUCGUUGACGAUUUCCUGAAGAACAGUAAGAAGCACUACAAGUACGAGCACUCCAAAAUCAACUUCAGAGACAAGAGAAGCGCCGUGAAGGCCAUCAAUGAGUGGGGGUCCAAGUCCACCGAUGGCAAGUUGCCAGAGAUCACCAAAGAUGUGGAGAAGACCGAUGGGGCCAUGAUCAUCAAUGCCAUGUUUUACAAACCUCACUGGGACCAGCAGUUUCAUCAUAAGAUGGUCGACAACCGUGGCUUCCUUGUGCAUCGAUCAUUCACUGUAUCAGUACCCAUGAUGCACCGCACAGGUAUCUACGGUUUCUUAGAGGAUACCACCAACAACCUGUUUGUGUUGGAAAUGCCACUGGCACAUAAGAUGUCAUCUGUGGUGUUUAUCAUGACCUACCAUGUCGAGCCUCUGGAGAGAGUGGAGAAACUGCUGACUCGCAAACAGGUGGAGACUUGGCUGAGCAAGCUGGAGCAGAAGGCCGUUGCAGUAUCUUUACCAAAGGUCAGCAUGGAGGUCAGCCAUAACCUGCAGAAACAUCUUGGAGAACUUGGCCUGACUGAGGCUGUGGACAAGACCAAGGCUGACCUGUCCAACAUCUCGGGAAAGAAAGAACUCUACUUGUCCAACGUCUUCCACGCCUCAGCCCUCGAGUGGGACACGGAGGGCAACCCUCCAGACACCAGCGUCUUUGGCAGCGACAAGCUGAAGAACCCCAAGCUCUUCUAUGCCGACCAUCCGUUCAUCUUCUUGGUGAAAGACAACAAGACCAAAUCAAUCCUCUACAUCGGCAGGCUGGUCCGGCCAAAAGGCGACAAGAUGAGAGAUGAAUUAUAAAAAAUGUGCUUAACUUAAACACGUUUUUUAAUUGGAUUCCCUUUUGGGUGCACCUGUGUGUAUUUGUUAGUGUGUGUGUGUGUGUGUGUGUGUGUGUGUGUGAGAGAGAGAGAGAAAGAGUGUGUAUGUGUGUGUGUGUGUUUGUGGGAGAGAACUUUGUUCACAUUUGUCUAAAUUAAAGAAACUGUUCAACCAAACAUGCUAACACGGCUGACAAAGAAUGGAAGCAAUUGGCCACAAUUAGCAGUUAGCAGUGAAUUUGCAUCAUUUUUAGGUGGCUUCCACAGGGUCCUUGCACCAUAUUAAAAGUCAAUAAAGACCUCAAUAAAUAUGAUUUAAGACCCAAAAUGUAGUCAUAAUUUAUUUAGUUCUCUCCCCAGUAACCUUAGCUAACUUUCCACUGACGUUAGUAUGUUAGUAAACUCCCUGCUAAUGUUAGCUAGCUCUCUGCAAAUUUUAGUUCUGUCCCUGGUAACGUUAGCUAGCUUGUUGAAGCUAGCUAAAGUUACUAUGUUAGCUAGCUUGCUGCUAACGUUGCUUCUACCCCUGGUUAUGUUUGCUAGCUCGCUUUAGCUAGCAAAAGUUAGUAUGUUAGCUAGCUCACCGCUAAAGUUAGUAUGUUAGCUAGCUCACUGCUAAAGUUAGUAUGUUAGCUAGCUCACCGCUAAAGUUAGUAUGUUAGCUAGACAGCCGCUAAUGUUAGCUAGCUCUCUCCUAACCUUAGUUCUCUCCCCGGAUUAGAUGUUUAUGGUGGGCCACUGUGUUUUCCCACUGGAUCUAAACGCACCAUCUGAAUAUUUAAUACCUACAGCAAAUUUUCAGUAAAUUUAAGUUAAUUUAAGACUUUCAAAAGGACCAGCAGGAACCCUGUUCCAUUUACUGUUAGCGAGAUUAGCAUUUUUGGCUGAACAUCAGACAUUAACUGAGGAGUGAGAGAGUAAAUAGUUUGCCUGAUACCUCAGAAGGACAUUCCAUACAAUCUGUGGACCGCCAUCUAGGUGCACUGUCCAGUCUUGGCCACUUUUUGGCCACUUUAUUAGAAACACUUUGAAGAACUUUCACCCUGUAGGUGUAUCUCUCUGUUGAUAAAAGCCCUAAAGUCAUUCAUGGUGCUAAAAAUGGUGCAUACCCGAAAGCAACAGUGGUUCAGUCAACAGUGGUUCUGCAGUCAGAAACUGGUUGAUAUAGUGAACCUAUUAGGGUGGGUGUUUCUAAUAAAAUGGCCAAGUAAGUGUCUAAAGUGUGAAACAACUCAUCCUAACGUCUUCAUUAAAGUUAAAUGACCACACUGUCCGACUGUAGUAAAGUUGACCUAUGUGAGAGUUAAGAAGAAUGACAUGCUUAUAUUAAGUAUGAUGUCCAACAAAAAGGCCUUGCAUCCAUUAACAGCAUUUCUCUCAGGGUUUUCGCUCUUUGUUUUAUCCGUUUGUUUGGUCGGCCGUGCUGAGUUACCAAAACCACAAGCCAAAUGCUUGGCAUGUGAAAUAUGUGUGGGUUCGUGAAAAUAUCUUUAAUGUUUGAAGUUACGAAUUUAGCACAAGUGUUCUGUUGAAAAGUGUUGGAAAAUGUUGGAAAAGCUACAUGGAGAACAUGCAUUCCUCCUUGGCCUGAAAUCCACGCUUGUGUCUGGCAUGGUUCUAGUCCGCACUGAAAACAAUGUGUUUUGGAUUGUUUUUUUCUAAAUAAAAGCAGCACCACUGAAAA